CAGCCAGGCGAGCAAAAGCAGCUCCAUAAAUGGAGAGGGAGAAAAAACUUGUUUGAUCUGCGGCUGGGCCUGUUUCGUGAAUUCUGUCUGUCGCCUGUCGACUCGUCGAGUGCACUUGAAGCGUUCAGUGACGAGAAAAGAAGUGACUUUGCACCGCACCGCCGAUUUUACCGGCCAAUUUUAAUUUUGCCGAGCGCACGAAUUUGCAGCAAACUCCGGCGUGUCUCGUUCGGUGCGUCUCGUGUGGGGCCUUAAAGUGGGCCGUCUCGGCGGGGCCAGCGAGUGACCCAAAUGCCCUGACCGGACGACACCCCCUCGACGGACUGGCGAACACCAUGGAGCUACUUUACGUCGACGAACGGGAGGAUGUGCAGAAAAAGACGUUUGCCAAAUGGAUGAACUCCUACUUGGCAAAGGGAGGUCAACCUUUAGUCAACGACCUCUUCAUUGACCUGCGUGAUGGAACACGGCUGCUCUCGCUGCUGGAAAUCCUCACAGGCAGGGAAUAUAGACGAGAGCGAGGUCGUAUGCGAGUACAUCAUUUGAACAAUGUCAACAAAGCGUUGCAAAUUUUGGAGCACAAUAAUGUUAAACUUGUGAACAUCAGCAGCAAUGACAUUGUUGAUGGAAAUUCUAAAUUGAUUUUGGGUCUCGUCUGGAGUAUUAUUCUUCACUGGCAGGUUCAAAUGAAUUUGAAAACCCUGAUGUCAGAGCUGCAGCAAACCAACCUGGAGAAGACACUCCUGGCGUGGUGUCGACAGCACACCAAGGACUAUGACCUGGACAUACGAAACUUCACUACCAGCUGGUCUGAUGGUCUGGCCUUCACCGCUAUCCUCCACAAGCACCGUCCACACCUUUUCAACUUCGAAAACGUCAAAAGCAUGCACCAAAACGCAAGACUUGAACACGCCUUCAAAUUGGCCCAGUCCGAACUGGGAAUCGAAAGACUGCUUGAUCCUGAAGAUGUCAAUACGGCUGUGCCAGACAAGAAAAGCAUAAUGAUGUAUGUGAUGUGCUUGUUUCAAUCAUUGCCGCACUCGGAAAUGCAGGCAGCCAAUCUGGAACAGGACCUUUUAUCACCCUCGAGCCCUUUAACACCAAGGGCUGAGGUUGUGUCCAUCACGCAGACUUCCACAUUUCAGUUUAAUGUUUCCCUACCUGUGCCUUCCCGAGCUGGAGAGGAGUAUGAGGCAGAUAUGGGUGGUGCGUCUCGGCCUCUGAGCCUCAUCACCAACGCUUCUGUGGAAAUCGGGAGCUACCAAACAGCCCUUGAAGAUGUCCUAACGUGGCUCCUGGCAGCUGAAGACUCUCUUGGAAAUGGAGAUGCAAACACGGCGAUUGACUCUGCCGACGCCUUGGCAGUAGCCAAAGAAAAAUUCCACUCACAUGAAGCAUUUUUGCAGCAACUUGCGGAUCACCAGAGUUCCGUUGGUGCUGUUUUGACCGAGGGUGCCAGGUUGAUUCAAGAGGGAAUUUUGCAGCCUGACGAAGAAGCAGAGAUAAAAAUUCAGAUAAGGUUGCUAAAUUCAAGGUGGGAAGCGCUCCGGUUGAAAGCAAUGAAAAUUCAGACUGAGACACAUGAGACUUUAAUGAAGGCCCAACAAAAUCAACUGGAUUCUCUGCGAUCUUGGCUGACAGAUGCUGAGGACCGGAUUUCUCGAAUGGACGCCAGCAAAGGACAGCCAGGAAAAGUCAAUCCUGCUCAUAUCAAUAGACUGAAAAACUGUCUUGGCGCCCUGCAGCGAGAUCUAGAAACAAAGCAGCCUGUUGUUGAUUCACUUUCCACAAUGGUUGUUGUUGUGGAUGACGGAUCAUCUGCUGAUGACACUGCUUAUGCACAACUUGAAGAUCAGCUGGCAGCUCUAGGUGAGCGCUGGGCCCACAUUUGCAACUGGGCAGAGCAACGAGGCGCUCGACUUGACUUGCUUUCUUCCAAAUGGGAAAACUUGCAGCGUGAGCAAGACACCAUUGGCAGCUGGAUGCAGCAAACGGAGACCACAUUGAAGCACAUGGAGGCUAAUCCAAGUGACGACUUGGCCACACUGACCCAAAGGAUUAAUAAUCUGCAGGUUCUGAAAGCUGAAAUGAACCAACAAAAAGAGCACCUACAGUCGCUGCACCAAAUGCUCAGUUCCCUGUGCAAUAACAACAAAGUUGGUGAACCUGCAAUGUGGGAAUUGCUGGAUGAGGACAGUGAUUUGGUACGUAAGGCAGCAGACAAUGCGGAAAUGCUACAAGACCGAUUUGAGGCUCUCACGUCAAUAAUGGAUGUUCAAGCUCGAAGAGUCGCUGAUGCUGGAUUUGAUCAAUCAACACUUAUGGAAACGGAAACAAAAUCUGAAUCACCACCAGACAGUCCUUCUAGCUCCGAUCUUACUUGGCCCACAGCAAGGGAGUCUACUUCUCAACAAGAAUCUGGUGUAGCGAAGAGAAGAAGAAUUGGUUCUGCAACCCAGCGUGAAUUUAACACAAACCUGAGGCAGUUUGAAGCUUGGCUCCAACACGCAGAAUCUAUGCUCGAAACUCCUGAGGAUGGGGAGGAAGGCCCAUUUGAUGGUUUGAGUGUCGAUGAGCAGCUAGUGCUUUAUGAAGAUCUGGAGUCCGAGUUUGAUGAACACAAGAAAGACAUUGAAAAGUUGAAUCAACUUGCCCAGCAGCUUGAGGACACCACCCAAUUGGAGAAACUUGAAAUCUUAAGUGAAAAAUGGGAUAGACUGACCGCUGUUUCCAUGAUUUCAAGAAAAGAUGCAAUUGAUUUCCUUCUCCAGAGGCGGCAUCUUAAUUCUGAGCUUGGUGCUCUUAACACGAUUUUACAAGGGUACAGCAAAUGGCUUGAAAAUGAAACAACAGGAGCUGGACCUCAUUCUCCUGUAGAGCAGUGCCGGGUCAAAAUCAAAUCUAUGAAGUCGCAUGAAGACAGAGUGGCCAAGAUGAGACAGCAGGCGUCCGAGGUGUCUCAGCACCAUGCAGCUGACAUUUACGACAGAGCUGAAGUUGCAAGAGAGGGGGAGCAGUUUUAUGAGUGCUGGGAAUUUGUAAUGAUGGGCCUGCAAAGAAAAUUGGAAGAUUUGUUAGCUGAACAAAGUAAAGGACCAUCAGAGGAGUUUCUGAAAGAGCUACAAGAUUUAUUGAACUGGUUGCGUGCUUCUGAGUUAGCCUUGCAGGAUGACAGUCUUGCCCCUCAGCAGCAACAGGCCCAAUUAAAUGAAAUGCAGUCAGGCUUGAAAGAAAGACACGAAAAAUUUGAAAUCAUCAAUUCGACUGGGCAUGAGUGUGUUAGUUACACUGCCGAGUCCUUUUCCAAAGAGUCUUUGAGGCAGCAGCUGCAAGAGCUCAACACUCGCUGGAGCGACCUGCCUGUAAUAAUUGAAGAGAAAACGGCAAAAGUGCAAUCUAUGGUCGAGUCAUGGUCGUCUAUGAAAGAGCAGAUAAAUGUGUUGGAAAACUGGCUGAAAGAAGUCAAAAUCUUUGUGGAAGCCGAGGAAGCUAUGGCUGUUGGAGAGCCAGAGACGUUGAAAGCUCAGCUACAGCAAUUUUCUGGGUUGGCAGAAGAUGUCAAAGUCAUGCAACCGAAGUUUGCCACACUUGAACUAAGCGCCAAGAAAAUUCUUGGCCUAUCUUCUACUGAUGGCGAACCAUUGGAAAAAUCGGACUUGAGAAAACAAGUGAAUGACCUCACUAAAACUUGGAAAGAGUUGUCUUCAAGAACACAUUCCCAAAAUAAGAGGCUGCAGGAUGCACUCACCAAAACCCUGGAUGUGCUUAAGGGCGUUGAUGACCUCGAGCAGUGGCUGCAGGAACUUGAGACUGAAAUUCCUCUUGAAAAGGCGCCAACAGCUUCAUCGUCUGCAGAACUCUUUCGCGUUAAAGGUCAGCUGCAAGUCUUGAAAGACAAAGUGGAUAGCAGAACAGAGCAGUUUAGGACAAUCAACGAAAUAGGAAGUGAAUUGCUUUUAUUGGCCGAAGAAGAAGGAAGUCCUGGGCUUCAUGAGCUGCAGAAACUUUUCACUCAGUUGAAUGCACACUGGUCAACCGUUACUGAAAUUGUCUAUUCCCGAGUGAGGACUUUAAAGGAUGCAUCUCAUAAUUAUGGAGAGUUCAGAGCUCUGGUUGCACAAGAGCGAGAUUGGCUAGACAAAUUGGAGAAGAGGCUCAGAAAAUCACCAAAGUCUGCAGCAGACGCUGAAGAAAUAUCAGAGGAGCUGGAUGAUUUGGAGAAUUACAUUCGAAAUCACCCGGAGGCGCGUCUUGCACGCAUUCAGUGUUUAGCCAAAGAGUUGUCAGACGUGGAUGUGAUGCCUAGCAUCGUGCAGGCCGAAGCUGAGGGUCUGACCGCCCGUUGGAGCCAACUCAGCCAGAAGGCGCGAGAGCGUACCCGAUUGCUCGAAAACUCAAUAAGCGAGGCCCAGAACUGGGAGGCUUGCAUUUUGUCAGCUAUGCAGUGGCUAACUCGCGUGCACACCCUACUAACUGCCAGGGCAGAAGAAGAUCUCACUGCCGCUGAUUUGCCUGAGGAGGAUAAGCAACUUGUGGAAGAAUUUGAAACCCAAAAGACCACACUUAAAGACAUGGAGCAGCAAAUCGAGGCCUAUAACAAUGCUGGCCAAGUUGAAGCAGCAACCAGAUUGCACGAGCAGCUUUCUCUUUUGAAUAGGAGAUUUACUGAAGUCAGGGCUCAAUUUGAUAACUUCCGAGCUGCGGGAAAUGCAAAUCUAGACACUAGACUCACUAGGGCUCUUCGUGAACUACGGACAAUUGAAGAUACCUCUUGCAUAUUAGAACCUUCUUCUGCCGAACCUGACGACCUUGAUGGACAGCUUUCUAACUGCAAUCGCCUCUAUAAUAACUUAAGUGACAUCAAAGCUGAGGUAGAAAGCAUCAUCAAGACUGGCAGGAAGGUGGUGCAAGAAAAUGCCUCACCUGAUCCAGUUGCAUUGUCCUGUAGAUUGGACAACCUUAAAGAACUCUACAAUAAGCUUGGACUGCAAGUAACAGAAAGCAAGGAGUCAUUGAAAAAUGCACUUUCUCAAGCCCGGCAACUUCAGGAACACAUUGCUACUGCUUCUCAAUGGACACAAAAUGUGCAAGAAGCUCUUACAGAUAAUGUGGAAGUGCAAACUUUACAGGAGUUGCGCCUAGAACAGCCACAGAUUGAAGAGACAUUAGCUCGAGCCCAGACCAACCUUGCUACGCUGGCUCCUCUAUUGAGCGACCCAGCUGCCACUGAACCAGCGCAAAAUAAACUGGGAGAGACCAAAAGAGAAGCUGUUUCGAUGAUGAAAACCCUGCAGGAGAGAUUCGGCACACCUAGAGCCAGAUCUUUGGAGAUUGAGGACCAGAUUUUGUCUAAAGAAGGAUCACCUUUAGAGGCAACACCCAUGGAAGCUGAGCAAAUUUCACUUUCUGAUGUUGCUGCUCAGCUGGAGAGUUCUGCAAAUGAACUGGAGCAAUGGCUGCAGGAAGCCGAACAAGGUUUGGCCAGGAUGGACAGCGAAAAGGGAGAAAGGCAGCAUUCUCAGCAUCAGGCUCUAAAAAGGGCCUUGGAUGUCCACCAAUCAACUUACGAAUCAUUGAAAAGUUCAGCAACUGAGCUAAAAGUUUCUGGUGUACAAACUUUGAACAACCUUGAAACCCGAUUGACUCAGUUGAAUCAGCGUUGGACCGUCGUUGCUCAGAGAGUACAGCAAGGUCCGAGCUCCCCGAAGAACCGAAAAUCGGAGACGCUCGAGACCAUCCUCGAUGCUAACGACUUCGGCUUCACCAACCCCAGCUUCAGAGAGUUUUCUCAAAGCAAAAUUUCCAGGCAAAAAAUGCAAACGCCGUCUCAAACUUUCAAUCUGGCAGAAGACAGUUCGCUGUUCUCUGAAGUUUCGGGAGGGAAAGAAAUUUCUGUGUCCACCAGCAAGAUCUCUUUACCUUCAGUAGCCGACCAGUGCCGUGUAGUGGAGGUCAAAGAACUGGAAAUUGUCAAAGGCGUUGCUGCAGGGCCGGUGAUGCGUGUUGAGACAACUUCCCUCAGCAGUCCACAAAGCGUGGAGGUAGUCAAGAUUCCUGCGGACGGAGACACAAUGGAAUCAACUGAAGUCACUGUUACGGUCACGGACACUCGCAAGUCUAUGGAAAAAGCUACCAUCACUACCCUGUCAUCAAGGGAAUUGGUGGUGAAACGACAGGUGGAGGUAACUAAAACGUUCAACAUCGUCGGUAGUGUAGUUGCAACCGAGGAUGCUGAAGAAGACAGUUUCUACGGCUCGGACAAAGAAACCGACGACGUUCCUGUGUUUUCUGAAACAGAAAGCGCUUUGAAUUCAGCGUCGUCCAGUGACGAGAGUUUUGCAGAGUCUGUUCAAGAGGCACCCAUAAGGGUGAUUCAACGCAGUUCCGAGCCAAGAGAAGACUUGAUAGCUGAAAUGAGUGCCCAUGAAAAUGCUGCCAGGAAAAUGUGUGAUCGCAUCAAAGAAGUGCUGUCGACGGGAGACGAGAGUGACAGGCAACAACUGGCUCCUGAUGCAGCCUCCCUCAUAAGUCGCGGUGAUUCUUUGGUCAUGAAGGCGCAUUCAAAGAAUCCAGCUCUGGCUGAGAAUCUGCGACAAGUUCAGGAUUCUUUGCGCUCUCUUUGGAUGGAACUUCGUGGCCUUAGCAGAGAAAGUGACAAAGCAGAAGCCACUAAGCUGGAGGGAUGGCUUGCCGAGUUUACGCAGAGACUGGAACAGGCCAACAAUGACGAAGGGCAGCUGAGAACUUUACAAGCAGAAUUAGCUGCUCAGAGGAAGGACGUUCAAGGUCUGGAUGCAAAGUGGUCGACCGUCCAGAGCAAUUUCCAGCACUACCUAAAGGACAUUGAGAAACCGCAAGAAAAGAGCAUCGAGUCUGGACAAUUGGUUGGUGCUGAGGGUGCUGCCGAGUUCAUUGCAGCUGUGAAAAAGAUCAGAGAAGAAGUUGCAAAAGCAAAUCGCCAGUUGAACACGUACCCACUCAAUGGAAAUGACUACGAAGCGUUCCCUACACAAGAAGAAUAUCUGAAGAAUGUCAAGGACCAGCUUGCUGGUCUUAAAGCUGGAAUGGACGAAAUCGAGUAUGGUAGGGAUGGCACCAUGAGAAGAGCCAGUUUGAACGGAGGAGGUAGAGAGGAAGCCGACAGGGUGCGCAGAGCAGUGGACAAAUUAAGAGAAGAAUGGUCACAAGUACACAGGGCCCUUGCGGAGCGUCACGCUAGGUGGGCAAAGUGCCGAGACGCCUGGCGGAAUCUUCACACCUCCUGCAGAGGCUUCGGUGAGUGGCUGGAUGAAGCCGAGGUCUUCAUGGCCAAUUGGAAAAGUGAAGAAGAAAAUUGUGGGGGAAUCGACCAGUACCCAAUUGCAGAUGCUAAGGCAAAGCAAAAAGAACUUGAAAAGCAGAUUACCACAAAGCACAGGAGUAUGAGCCUGUUGCGCCAGUCGGGUAAAGAAAUUGCUGCAAAAUGCUCGGAGCCUGAUGCCACAAGACUAACAGAUGCUGUGGAAGCUCUGCUCAGACGCUGGCGGAUCCUCCUGGCUGAAAUCACCACCAGAAGGGACAGAAUCGCGGCGAUGGAGGCGGCAAACGCGCCGCAGCCGGGCCCGACGCCGACCGCGUCCCUGCUGAUUCCACCUGCUGCGCCUGGUCUUGUGGCUCGCACGUUUGUCGACUCAUGCGUCACGUGUCUGGAUCAGGUGCGCGCCCUGCUCGCCUCGCCCGCCAACCCUUCUGAUGAAACCUCGCUCGGCGUACGUCUCAGCUCAGUAAAGGCACGAGAAGAGGAGUUGCAGAUGCGGAAAAAGGAACUGGAAGAGCGGAAAAGUUCUCUUGACUCUGAGCAAGUUCGCAGCCUCAGCAUGGCCAUUGACAAGGCGCUCUACAGCCUUGGUGAGCACAGCGGCCAAUUACAAGCGCGAUUAGGUGCGCUGGCCAAAUUUUCAACUCGGCUGCACGACAUCGUUGACUGGAGCAUGGAAACAAAGGGUCGCGUAGCCAUGGCCAGGGCUGACAUUCCACAAAAGGAGAAAGACAGGCUUCUUGAACAGGUUCAUACAUCCGUAGAGGAUAGAGAAGUUGACAUUUUGGAGCUGCUUGAGAAUUUCAACAACCUUGAAAAAGAAUGUGAGGCAGCUAGACAACCUGUGUCAUCAAAUUUGCAUGAAACUGUGCGACGUCUUAGAGAGGAUUGGCAAAACUUGAAGGGACGUCAGUUUGAAUCAGUUGACUCAACAGUGGAGAUGUCCAGACAGCCUCAAUUGCUCACCAGGGCCAGUCCAAUUGGAGCACCUGCUAGUCCGCAACCUGCGAUGAGAGUCCAACGUGAGGGUUCAUUCCGCCGAGGCAGCAGUAGCAGUCAGACGAGCGAGCCGCCGCCCUCGCCCAAAGAACCCUCCGAUGCCCCUCGGGUGCCCCGGCGCAGCUCCAAGUCGCCAGCCAAAGUCCAAACCGAGCAGCUCGCGGCCAGCAGUUCUGGCUCGCCGUCGCCCCCAGUGUCCCCUGCCGCCUCCAGAAGUCCCCCGGCAAGUCCUCUGACCAGCUCAGCGGCAAUUGUCACAGCCUCUGAUAAGGCUAUUCUUCAGAUCCGUGAUUGGCUCACCCUGGAGGAAGCAAUGUUGCGGCAACAGAUCGCAUCAGUCGGCGACGUGACUGACAUCCUGCAGUUGCUAGACAAGCAGAAGAAUGUGUUGCGCGAGUUGGAACAAAAAAAGCCGCAGCUAGAUGAACUGGUGCACACAGCAGAGCACCUCAAAGCGGACUCCAACAGGCAGCAGCUGCACGGCAAAGGUUCGUGGGGUGAGGAAAGCGACUGUUCAACUCCUCUGUAUCAACUCCGCACUUGUAUAAGAGUAACCAAGUUGCGAGAGCACUGGGAGGAGACGAACGCUAAAGUCAUGCAGCGGAAGGCGCAGCUGGACGCGUUGUUGGUGGACAGUCAGCGGUACGACUCGAAGAAACAGGAGGUCGAGUCGUGGCUGGCGCGCAUGGAGAGUCGCAUGGAACGCAUGGGGCCUGUUGGACACACAGCCGACGUUCUUGAAGCGCAAUUACGCGAGCAAAAGUCAUUCCACGCUGAGCUUCACCAGUACAAACACCACAUAGAACUCUUCCAACAACUGACUCAACGCCUAAUUGCUGUCUAUCAGCAGGAUGACACCACUAAAGUCAAGAAAAUGACGGAGCAAGUCAACCAACGAUACGCCAAAUUGAACACCAGCAUUGUGAACCGAGGAAAGAGUUUGAAUUCGGCAAUGAACUCCCUGCAGAACUUUGACCGCUCUCUCGACAAAUUCCACGCUUGGCUCUCAGAGGCGGAAUCUUCCCUGGAAAGUGUAGAGUUGGAGGCAGACCGCCUUGGUGGCCGCAGAGACCCGGCCUCCGUCCGACUACCCCUUCAGCAGCUAAAGGACCUUCAGAGCGAAAUCGAGUGCCACCGCGACGUGUUCUCAUCUCUGAAUGGCGCCGGCCGAAAGCUGCUCGGCUCUCUGGCCAGCCAGGAAGAUGCAGUCAUGCUGCAGAGGCGACUCGACGAGAUGAACCAGAGGUGGAACCACCUAAAGGCCAAAAGUUUAGCAAUAAGAAAUCGUCUGGAAAGCAACGCAGAACACUGGGGAGCCCUACUGUUGUCCCUGCGAGAACUGAUUGAAUGGGUGAUACGCAAGGAUACCGAGCUCAGUGGGCUGGGCCCCCUUUGCGGCGACGUGCCCGGACUGCAGAAGCAGCAGGAUGAGCACCGAGCGUUCAGGCGGCAACUGGAGGAUAAGAGGCCGGUGGUCGAGAGCAACCUGCUCAGCGGCCGUCAGUACAUUGCAAACGAACCUCCCCUUUCGGAUACCAGUGACAGCGAAGUUGGCCGUGAGGUGGACGGAGACUGUCGCGGUUAUCGUUCGGCCGAAGAGCAGGCCCGCGAGUUGACCCGCUCGAUCCGGCGCGAGGUGAGCAAGUUGUCCGAGCAGUGGAACGCGCUGAUCGAUCGUUCAGAUCUCUGGCAGCGACGACUGGCCGACACCAUCAACAAAAUGCGAGGGCUGCAGAAGAGCAUCGAGGAAAUGGGCGCGCGGCUGAACUCGGCCGAAAACCGGCGGCCAGAGUGGAGAAGCCCUGGGGACGCUGGCGAGGCGGCCGAGAUGCUCGACGUCCAGCAGAGCGAGGCUUCCGGCCUCCAGAGGUCACUCGACGAUUGCAACGAUCAGGCGGCCAAUAUGGCGGCAAACGGCAUUCAACUAUCCCAAUCCAGCGUGGCCAGGCUCGAAGACCUCAACACCAGGUGGCGAGCCCUGCAGAGAGCCUCAGACGACCGGAUCCGAAUGCUGGCCCAAGCAGCGCGAGACGGCGCCCCUGCUUCCUCUAGUGCGGCUCCUUCAAGCCUAGCUUACUUAGCAGCCUCCGUGGAGCCACCUUGGGAAAGGGCAGUUACUCCUGCCAAAGUGCCUUAUUACAUCAAUCAUCAAACUGAGACUACUCACUGGGAUCACCCCAAACUUUGCGAGCUGAUGGGCUCCCUAUCGGAACUCAACGAAGUUCGAUUCUCAGCCUACAGGACGGCCAUGAAGCUGCGAACCGUUCAAAAGAGACUCAAUUUGGAUUUGCUGCCAAUGACGACAGCACUGGAGGCUUUCGAUGCUCACGGUCUGAGAGCCCAAAACGACCGGCUGCUGGAUGUGACAGACAUGGCCUCAGUCCUGGGCUCGCUUUACAUCCUAUUGCCGCAAGGAAGCAUGCCCGGGCCUCUGUUUGUUGAUCUCUGCCUCAACUGGCUUCUGAAUGUCUAUGAUAGUCAAAGAACUGGUCAAAUCAGAGUGCUGUCUUUUAAAGUGGGGCUGAUUCUACUUUGCCACGGUCACCUGGAAGAGAAAUAUCGAUAUUUGUUCCGACUUAUUGCGGACCCCAACAGAAUGGCAGAUCAGAGAAAGCUUGGUCUGCUUCUGCAUGACUGCAUCCAAGUUCCAAGACAAUUAGGUGAGGUUGCUGCUUUCGGAGGUUCCAACAUUGAGCCGUCAGUUCGAAGUUGCUUCGAGAAGGCAGGAAAAGACAGACAGUCCAUUGAGGCUGUCCACUUCUUGAACUGGCUCCAGCAAGAGCCGCAGAGUUUGGUUUGGCUGCCUGUGCUCCACAGAAUGGCCGCCGCCGAAACGGCCAAACACCAGGCCAAGUGCAACAUUUGCAAAGAAUAUCCAAUCGUAGGCUUCAGAUAUCGAUGUCUGAAGUGUUUCAACUUUGACAUGUGCCAAACGUGCUUCUUCUCUGGCAAAAAAGCUAAAAACCACAAGCUCACUCAUCCAAUGCAGGAGUACUGCACAGCUACAACAUCAGGAGAAGACGUGCGCGACUUCACCAGGGCGCUGAGAAACAAAUUCAAGUCGAAGCGUUAUUUCAAGAAGCACCCGCGCGUUGGCUACUUGCCUGUGCAGACCGUCCUCGAAGGGGACGCCCUCGAGAGUCCGGCGCCUUCACCACAGCACGCUUCAGCCCUGGGCGGCGCCCACGGAGAAAUGCAUUCCAGGCUGGAAAUGUACGCCUCGAGACUGGCCGAGGUGGAGCUGCGAGGGACAACGCCCUCCGAGAGGGGAACACACCAAAGAAGCAAUUCAACGCCAGACUCUCCUUACAAUUUCAGUGAGGAUGAGCACCAGCUCAUCGCUCAGUACUGCCAAAGUUUAAAUGGAGGCCCUGGAGAGCCAUUGAUCGCUCCGAGAAGUCCAGUCCAGAUUUUGGCUGCAGUUGAUGCUGGACAGAGAGAAGAACUUGAAGCCAUGAUCAGAGAGUUGGAGGAAGAAAACGCCUCUCUUCAGGCCGAGUACGAGAGACUUCGGGCGAGGCAGACGAUCACUCCCGGUUCCACUCCUGGAGACGACGGAUUCGGUCCAGCACCUGGCGCGGACAUGCUGGCGGAGGCAAAACUCCUGCGACAGCACAAAGGCCGCUUGGAGGCGAGAAUGCAGAUUUUAGAGGAUCACAACCGACAACUGGAGGCUCAGCUGCAGAGGCUCAGGCAACUUUUGGACGAACCGAGUGGAAACUCGCCGAGCAAGACGGGCACUCUGCAGACCCGUUCGGUCACUGCCUCUCAACUGGCCACCGACUCCCCUGCCAAAAUGAAUGGCCAUUAUCACGAUGGCAAUGCACGAUGGGAGGGAAGGAACACAAGCAGUCUGGACAGACCACCCCCACCAUCAAUGCCUACCUCUGGCGCACAAGUUGGAAAUCUCUUGCACAUGGCAGGUGACUUGGGCAAAGUGGUGGGCGAACUAGUAAAUGUGAUGACUGAAGAUGAAAGCCAAAGUGAACUUACUAACGAUGCAGUUGAAGGAGAAAUAAGUGUUUCCGAUGUGGCAACCGGCAGCAAGCAACCAGAACAGUAAUAUCAAUUAAUCUAUACUGGAUGAACACUACUUUUUUGCCAAAUAUCAAGCGCAAAAAAACAACUCGAUAACAAAAGCUCUACAAUACACACACACUAUAACAUUAUCCGCAUAUCAAGGCCCAUAUCAAUGAGAUAUUAUCUUACAAGGAAAGAGAAACAAAAUUUGUAGCCCUUGUUGAAUAUCGUAAAGUAACGUUGGUGUGCAAUAAAAAAAAUUAUAAUAAUAUAAUCAAAUAAUAUUGUGGUCAAAUGUCAAAUGAAAGGGUCUAAAAUCUAUAUUAUGGUUUUCUUAUAGGAACUGUAAGUGAUACUAUUUUAUUGGUUAUUGGGAUAAAAAAAUAUCACUGGCUCAUGAAUGCAUAACCAUCUCAUUUUCAAAAACUUCCAUUAGCAUAUCAAUCAAAUACGACUACAGCGACAGAGAGGCAAUAAACUUGGAAACCAGACGCAUUUUAUCAGUUGUGUAAAAGGUGCUUUGUGCAACAUAUCAAAAUUUGGUGUGCUUCUGGGAAAUCUGCUUUCAACUAUACUCACAUCCUCUCUCUUUUUGUAACAAUUUUCUAUAUAAAUAAAUAAUAGCCUUUGUCACAAAAAACAGCAUCAACUUUUUCAAGCAUCUUGAUAUAUAUAAAAGUAGUAAACAAAAACACACUCUUUCUUGCUGUUCUGAGCAGAAAGAAUAGAUGGGAUAAUUGGGACCUCUCUUUCGAUAGAGAUAAUUAAUUACACAAUAUUUUAAGCACAAAAUAAAAACAGCUUCAUCCUAGGUCUUAGGUAAGAAAUAGGUCUGCUCAAACAACCAUGUUGUUCCCAUUAUUUAUGUAAUUUACUGUGUGUUAAUCAACAUAUGAAAAAGAAAUUAAUAUCAUUAGAGGAAUACAAAUUAUACUAAAAAUUGUAUCUCAUCAUUCUCUUCCAAUACGAUAACUGAUGAAUUAAUAAUUGUUAUAAAAAAAAUAAACAUGCAAAUCUCUCAGUCCAUAAAAGUUAUUAUACUAAAUGUUGACUAAAAAAAAUAUGUUAAUUUGGAAAUCCCUGUAGUUGGAAAUCGAUGUCCUUUUCUGACGCGUUGCGAAUAAAAAAGAAUCGGAAUAAUAACGGCAUUUUGCAGCAUUGCUUCACAGCAAUAGAAUAGAUGAUGUUUGUAAAAAAAUGAGUUUUGGUGAAAGGAAUAAUAAAUUGUAAUUAUUGAGGAAAAUUUAGGGGAAGUUUAAGUACUUGUAUUAUUACAAUAAUAAGAAAAAGUAGUGUUGUGAUUGAUCAAAUGAUUUGCUGUGGCUGGAAAUCAAUUUUAAAUCUCAAACCACAUAAUAUUUAUAAAUGUGACACGGAAUAUAUUGUAGUCAUCAGCAGUGACUGGGGUGUGGAAUAACAUUGAAUAUAUGAUGUGGAACACGAUGUGGACGAUAGAAAUACAAUUUUAAUAAAGAAAUGCAGAUGAA